GUCUAGUCGAUUCUAUUUCAAGACUUGAAAAUAAAAUCAGGCAUUUUAAAUCUGACCCAAACAAAUAAAAAAAAAUUGUAUCUAAAUCCAAUCCUCAUUCUAGGUCUUUAAAUAUUAAUAAUAACUUGGAAUGAUGCUAAAUCAAAAAGCAGAGUCAGACUUAAAAUAAAACAAAUUAGAAUCUUGUUAUUAUCACCUUCAGAAGGCUUAAUAAAUAUGCCUUCUAGUACCAAACCUUAAAGUAUAUAUGCAAAAUCAUAUUAGUUAUAAACUAUAAAUAAUCUUGCUUUAUAUCAUUAAAAAUUAAACUAACCACAAAGAGCUUUAAAUUAUUUAAACCAAGCUUUGAAAAUGUAAUAUGCGUAAUUAAUCUUAUUAUAUCAAAGAUAAAAUCUUGAUUCAUCUUUAGCAAACACUUAUUUAAAUAUCAGUGCCAUUUAAUCAUCUUUAGAAUGCCAUGAUGUAGCAUUGUAGAACAUAUAUUUAUCCAUAAUACUAUUAUAACAUGAAUUAUUAAUUGAAGGUUUGAAAUACAAUAUAGAAUUGUAAAACUAAUUAAACCUUUAAAGAAUGUAAAGUAAUUUACUAUCUGAAGGGUAUAUUAUGCAUAUAUAUUAUGAGAACUAAUUUAUAAUUUGAUGAAUAUUUGAAGAUUGAUAGAGCCUAAAUUUUAAUUGCUGCAUAUCAUAACUUAAGUCUAGAAAUGGAGUUUUUCAAAAAAAACGAAGAAGCAUAAAAAAUCAUCUAGUCUGCUAAAACAUUAUCAGAAUUCAUACUACAACCUACACAUGCUUUAAGAAUAAAAUUAAAGGAAAUUUCAGAAAAAUAAGUAUGUACAAGAAUCUAAAAAGUUUAAAAUCUCAAUCACAGAAGCAUCUCCUUUGAUGAUAGAAAUAGUAAUAGUAUCCGUCAUACUAAAUCUUCAAAAUAUCAUUUUUAAAGAUAGUUUUCUAAAGAUAAUAAUAAUUCAAUUUAAUCGAUACAAAACCCUAAUAUAAUUCUCAAGAAUACUCCAUCGAAAUUGAUAUAACAUUAAAAAUUCAUAACAGAAAUUACUCAAUCAAAAUCAUCUUAAAAAAUUAAUAAAUUCAUGAAUCCAUUAGAGUUAAGUUAUACAUAGGAUUGA